AUGCGGUGGGCGCUGUUUCCGAAUCAGGCCCAAGCCAGGCCGGGGCUGAUAAGAGGGGGGGCGCAGCCUUUCGCUUGGCUGCGCCUUGUGGAGGGUAAAUUCGCCGGGGGCAUUUUCCGCGUUUGUCGCUAUUGCCGGGCGCCUUGCCUUACCUGCGCAAGCAGAGGCGCGCUCAGGGUCCAUGGCCUCAUAUGAU